GUACCUUUCCAACAGAUACGAUAUCUAACCCAGCGUCGUGCUCACUGCAUCUCAAAAUUCAACCUCCCCCACACCCCCUGCCGUCUCCAUCAACCCGUGAAAAGACACGCGGCCUCAAAUGUCCGUUGCCAUGGUCACGGGUGGAGGAAGGACCUACAGUAUGCGCGUUGUCCGACAGGUAGUUUUAAAAUGAGGUAGUGGCGAACCUGUCGGGUGUCAUAUUUCAUUUCACCAAGCAGUUACUCGUGAUGGCGGUGUUCCACCUGUCCCUUAGCGUAACGACAGUGCCGAUCAUUGUUGAUGGUGGCAAGAACCGAAGCAGACUGGAUUGGAUUAUGAGCGUCAACGAUUGAGUGUUUGUCACAAGCACAAAGCCACUGUGCACAGGCCCCAGCAUAUCUCGGCGACCGACACGAGCUUGUAUACGACUGGGGUAUAUACUUGUGACGUCACUGAUGAUCCUACAGCCAUGUAUAAGCGCAAAGGGAAACAGUGUUUUCUAGCAGUGUUUAUCACGGUGGCUAUUUGCCUGGUGAUCGGACAAACCAUUUUGUUAGUGACACGUCAUAUUCGAUACAGCCGAUACAUGGCACUUGACAUAGACUUCACAUAUUUAAUGGAACUGCAAGAAAGGAUAAACCCAGCACUAGUUGAAACGUUUAAAUUUGACGAAUUGCUACAAGAAUAUAAGAACAAGAUACAAGAUGUACGGCAAGCGGGUCUGUGGAGAACAAAUCCUGUGUUAAGUUCCUGUGAUACCGAGCCAGUUGUUGCAAACCCGUGCGUGGAUACUCACUGUAGUCAGAGACAACCCGAGGACCUGUCUCAAAGAUUGGAUCGCCUCAUGCAAACAACGAACAAUCUAAAUGUGACUCUAUAUCGUCUUCUUUUUGGGCUUUUCGGCGUCCAGAAAACAGGCAAACGUUUAGUUAUCGUGACUGGGGCUUCGUCAGACCAUUACUAUGAAUCGCAAGGAUUGAUACAAAGUGUUCACCAGAACGUGUUUCCAGAACUGGCCAACUUGACUCUGAUCUACUAUGAUCUCGGACUGAAAGACUGGCAGAGGGAUGAGCUACGGAAGCACUGCAGAUGCCAGAUCCGCACAUUCCCCUUUGCGCUGAUGCCCGUCAGGCUGCAGAACCUGCAGUGUUACACCUGGAAGGCGUUCAUAAUUCAGGCACACAUCCGAUCAGCUGACGUGAUUAUCUGGGCUGACGCUGCCGUCCGCUUCCUCAAGUCAAGCAUUGGACCACUUCUUCAAGAAGUCGAGACCAAGGGUAUUAUCAUAGAGGACGGGACACCACGCUUCUCAGUAGCCGACCACGCUCAGAGGAUCAUGUUUGAUUACUUUGGUGAAAAGACGUGUCACUACGCUCAAGUAGCAGAGAAACAACCUGGCUUUCUUGUUUUAAAAAAUGAACGUUUCGUCAGAGAGGUUAUCCUGAAGCCAUGGAUAGCGUGCGCCAUGAGCCCUCACUGUAUGUGCCCAGCUCAUCCCGAGACACUGAUUGUGUGUUACACAUACAUCCGAAAGUACAACAAAUGUCACAGAUUUGACCAAGCGGCCAUGAAUAUAAUUCUGGCCAAACUGUUUUGGGGACACGAUAUGACUUUUACCCCAACCAGAAAGUAUAUUGACAUUCGAAAAGAAGACAAAGUGUACUAUUUUGAUGAACUGGAAUCUUGAUGCUUUUUAAAUGUUAGUCAAUUAUAAGUAGUCCUAUUUAAAUAUUUCCUUCCGAUUGUGAUAUGCAUUAUUUUGAUAAAGUGAACCCUCGUUAUUCUGGACAUUCGUUACAGUAAACGUCCAGAUAGAGUUUCCGGAUUAACAGGUGUGUUCUUUGUACUAGUUUUCAUUCCAACCAUAUCAUACAAUAAGGAUGUUCUAUUACCAAAGGGCGCAUAUAGUUAGCUAAAUGCUGUCAUACCUUAACACUGUGUUCGAAUCGGGGGCACGGGUGGCCCAGUCGUCUAAAGCGCCGCGAUUCGCUGUGCGGAGUUGCGUCCCUUGGACAUGCCAGAAACCUAUGAUUGUGGGUUCGAAUCCCGGUUCGCC